AUGAACGAGGACGAUUUGGCCUAUGGCUCUGGUCAGGGAGAUGAAUCGAACAUGAAUAAUAUCAAUGAGGAGAUGGGGAAUAAUACCUCAUCGGUUAGUGGAGGAGGCGCAAAAAAAGAAAGCGUGAGUCCCUAUGUAUAUAUGGAGAGAAUUAUUGACAAGUUGAAAUUAUUAAAUUAUGAGAGGAGGAAGGAUUUGUUUCCGAAUUUUUGUGUGGGAGGUUUGCCACGAUUUUACUUUGCUCAUCAGGAUAAGGAUCAUCCUCAUGAACAAUUUUAUACAUUUAUGGCCAUCUCGUCGUGGCUCAUUACCGAUGUAUUAAAACAAGACGACUAUGAACGACCGGAUUUUCAAGUCGAUGAUCCAAACACAACCACCCAAAAUUUAGCAUUCCAACUCAAGAAAAUGGGCAUUCCCCUCGAUUUUCCUCCGACCAAACUAAGACAAGCUUUUGGAGAGCCUGCUUGUUAUGUAUUGGAUCAAUUAUUAACAAAGGCUCUUAAGGAUCUCAAGGCAAAGUUAAAAACUCCUGAAGUUCCCGAAGAAAUUAAAUUCCAUGAAGACGAAGACAUUCCUGAGGAAAAUGAUGACAUUGAGGACAAUGAAGAAAUCCGUGAGCAGGAGAGUGAGAGUGAAGAUGAAAUGUACUAUACCGUAGGAGGCACGAAAAAAGAUUCAAAAGAUACUGAAAAGCUUGAAAUGAUAGAAGGUUAUCACAAUGCACAAGAGUGGCGUCUUGAAACGGAGCGAUUAUCCUCUCAGCUCGUUGUGAGACUUAAUGUGGAUCACAAGGAUUGGAGAACGCACGUCGAAUCUAUGCAAGAACAGAGCGAGUCCAUCAAGGAGCUGACUCCCAAUUCUACGGCUCAGCUCGAGAAAAUUGCAGAGGAAAUUGAAAAAAUUAAUUCCCGCAUUCAAAAGAGAGAGAAAAUGUUAAGUGACGACUCAUCGAUCGGCAAUUUGCUUUCAAGUUACUCGAAAAAUCAACAAGAACUCGACGAGGUUACCAAAAAAUACAAGGAAUUGGAAGAAACCAUCUCGCAGUUGAGUGCCGAUCUCGGAAAAAUCAAUCAAGAGUUCAAUGAUGUCAAGAACAAUGCAGAAGAGCUCACAAAGAAAAUGGCAGAUACCACUCCACUGCGAGAGAUUAAGGAAGCUCUUGUCAAGAUUCGAAAUGAUAUUAAACAGCUAGAUAUGAGAAACGGAGUGCUCCAGAAUCAAGUGUUACAGGCAAAGAUGAAGACCUCUCGAGUGUUGAGUGCUAAAGGAAAGAAAAUAUCUGGACUCUCCUCUCAGCAACUUUCCUCAGGUUUUGAAUUUGAUCCGUUCCAUUAUUAA